CUCUCCCUUAUCUCUCCUCCGAUCCCCUCUCUUCUCUUAGUCUCUAAAAGUGUUCUCUCUGCGCUUGGUCGUGGAGAAAACCUUCGAAUUGGAACCACAAGCUGUAGCUAGGACGAAAACCUGAAAAUAUUUUCUCGUCUGCUUCAGUUAUUAUCCAUCUGAAUGCAGGAGAACAUGAGCAUCUCUGUGAAUGGACAGUCCCAGGUACCUCCUGGCUUCCGUUUCCAUCCCACUGAAGAGGAGCUAUUGCAGUACUACCUCAGGAAGAAGGUCUGCUACGAGCAGAUCGACCUCGACGUCAUUCGCGACGUCGAUCUCAACAAGCUCGAACCCUGGGAUAUACAAGAGAAGUGCAAAAUAGGAACCACCCCACAGAACGAUUGGUACUUCUUCAGCCACAAAGACAAGAAGUAUCCCACCGGAACUCGAACGAACCGGGCCACCGCUGCCGGAUUCUGGAAGGCGACCGGGCGGGACAAGGUGAUAUACGGCAACGGGAAGAGGAUCGGGAUGAGGAAGACCCUUGUUUUCUACAAAGGACGUGCCCCUCACGGCCAAAAGUCUGAUUGGAUCAUGCAUGAGUAUAGGCUCGAAGAUAACAACACCAGCACCGAGACCAGCAUUGUCACGAAUGUAAUGGGAGAUGGAGGACAGGAAGAGGGGUGGGUGGUGUGCAGGAUAUUCAAGAAGAAGAACCAUCUCAAAACCCUAGAGAGCCCCCUGGCUUCGUCCAUUGCAGAGGAAACCAUGAGAAGCCACAACCACGACUCCAUUUUCGAUGCUUGUGACGACGACGAGGGAGCUUUGGAACAAAUACUCGAGCAAAUGGGAAGAAACUGUUGCAAGGAAGAAGAACAUAACGACCCCACUACCAACAGAAGAAUCACCAAACGGUUUGACGACACUGUCAUCACCACCACCAACAACAACAAUGGCUACUUCCACCAUGACAGGUUCUCGAAGCUUCCUCGCUUAGAAAGCCCAACAUCUACCAACAACAACACCGGGUACCACCCUAUUAUGGAAGCGGCUUAUGGUGGCGGCGACCGCAGCUUUGUUCAUCAUCAAACAGAAUCGGCAGCUUCGUCAGUUAAUGCCGGCCUUAUCACCAACUGGGCAGCACUGGAUCGGCUUGUAGCUUCGCAGCUUAAUGGCCAAACAGAGACUUCCCGGAGCCUGCCUUGCUUCAAUACCGCCGGAGACCCCAUCUCGGGCUACGAUCGGCAACUUCCGACCCUACGACCUUCCUCACUUUCGUCAAUAAUAUCAUCAUCAUCAGCCCUCAACAGUGGAGCUAAUUACGAUUACACCAGCGAGAUUGACCUCUGGGACUUUGCCCGAUCCGCAUCAUCGUUAGUGUCAGGCUCCGAACCACUAUGCCACGUGUCCAACACAUCAUCAGUGUAGCAGUCCCUACCAUGCCAGAUAUAACUAGAAUAAAUGAUGAGAAUAUAUAUACAUAUAGAUGAUCAUGUUUCUAGUUCUUCACGUCAGAAGAUGAUUAUCAUCUCCAACAAUGUGAUCAUGCUCAUUAAUUAGUGCUUCAAUGGAGUUACUUAGAA